CUCCUUCCUGAGUCUGAGGCGAGUGACUGCCUGCCUUGACUGAGGGACGGACGGAGCGCGAGCGUGGGAUGUGAUGUGACCCGCCAGAGAAAAUGGCGGCAGCAGCAGCAGCAGGAGGAGGAGGAGGAGGACCAGGGCAAGGGGUGGCGGGGAUGGCUUCGAACCGCCUCUCCGCCUCUUUGGUGGGGAACGAAGCCCUCGCUGCUGCCGCUGCCGCCGCUCGGAGCCCGAAGCUGCCGAGGAGCGGAGUCGGAAGCGGCGGAGUCGUGCUGGCGAGGGAGCCGCGCGCCUCAGACUGGAGGCGGAAGCAGCUGCGCAAAGUGCGGAGCGUGGAGCUGGACGGGCUGCCCGAGCCGCCCUGCGAGGGCCCCGCCGAGAUGGACGCGGCCUCCUCCUCCUCCGGCUGCCUCCUCCUCCUCCCCGGGCCCGCCGCCCACGACCCUCCGCCGGCGCCGGAACCCGGGACAGAGAGCGGCCGUGAGAUGGAGAAUAAAGAAACACUUAGGGGAUUGCAGAAAAUGGACGACCGCCCAGAAGAGCGCAUGAUCAGGGAGAAGCUCAAAGCAACAUGUAUGCCUGCCUGGAAGCAUGAGUGGCUUGAAAGAAGAAGUAGGAGAGGCCCUGUGGUGGUAAAGCCAAUACCAAUUAAAGGAGAUGGCUGUGAAGCAAACAAACUAGCAGCAGACCCUCCUCCUGAAGGACAUCCUCCUGCUACUUCACCUACUCAGAAGGGAAGACGGAGCCCUUCCCCUAGCAGUACUUCUUCAUCUUCUUCUAGGACUGUUAAAUCUGAAUCACCUGGUGUAAGAAGGAAGAGGGUAUCUCCCGUCCCUUUUCAGAGUGGACGAAUAACUCCACCACGCAGGGCUCCAUCUCCAGAUGGCUUCUCACCUUAUAGUCCAGAGGAAACAAGUCGGCGGGUCAACAAAGUCAUGAGAGCCAGAUUGUACCUCUUACAGCAGAUAGGACCCAAUUCUUUCUUGAUAGGAGGAGACAGCCCUGAUAAUAAAUAUAGGGUAUUCAUUGGUCCUCAGACCUGUAGUUGUGGACGUGGAACGUUUUGCAUUCAUCUGCUGUUUGUUAUGCUUCGAGUAUUUCAACUUGAAUCUUCAGAUCCAAUGCUCUGGCGAAAGACUUUGAAGAAUUUUGAGGUUGAGAGUUUGUUCCAGAAAUAUCACAGUAGGCGUAGCUCAAGGAUCAAAGCCCCAUCUCGUAACACCAUCCAGAAGUUUGUCUCACGCAUGUCAAAUUCUCAUACAUUGUCAUCAUCUAGUACGUCUACAUCUAGUUCAGAAAACAGUAUCAAGGAUGAAGAAGAACAGAUGUGCCCCAUUUGUUUGCUGGGCAUGUUGGAUGAAGAGAGCUUAACUGUGUGUGAAGAUGGCUGUAGAAAUAAGCUUCACCACCACUGCAUGUCAAUAUGGGCAGAGGAAUGUAGAAGAAACAGAGAACCUCUUAUAUGCCCACUUUGUAGAUCUAAGUGGCGAUCUCAUGAUUUCUAUAGCCAUGAGUUGCCAAGCCCAGUUGAUUCUCCUUCUGUCCUUCGUGUGGUCCAGCAGCAGACUCAGCAGUCGACACCUGGCUCACCGAGGAGGAACCAAGAUAGUAAUUUUAACCUUCCUCAUUAUGGGGUUCAGCAAAUCCCACCAGCCUACAAAGAUUUAGCUGAACCAUGGAUUCAGGUAUUUGGAAUGGAAUUAGUUGGCUGCUUGUUUUCACGAAACUGGAAUAUACGUGAGAUGGCCCUUAGACGUCUCUCCCAUGAUGUUAGUGGUGCUCUGUUACUGGCUAAUGGUGAAAGCACUGGAAAUUCUGGAAGCAACGGUGGCAAUACCACAAGUGCUGGAACUCUAGGAGCAGCUAGUGGGUCAUCACAGACCAUUAUCUCAGGAGAAAUUGUUGUGGAGUCCUGCUGCAGUGUACUUUCCAUGGUUUGCGCUGAUCCUGUCUACAAAGUGUAUGUUGCUGCUUUAAAAACCCUAAGAGCCAUGCUGGUAUACACACCCUGCCAUAGCCUAGCAGAGAGGGCAAAAUUGCAACAACUUCUAAAGCCAGUUGUGGAGACUAUAUUGGUGAAGUGUGCAGAUGCCAACAGCCGUACAAGCCAACUUUCUGUUUCAACACUGCUGGAGAUGUGCAAAGGCCAGGCAGGAGAGCUAGCAGUUGGCAGAGAAAUACUUAAAUCUGGAUCUAUUGGCAUUGGUGGCAUUGAUUUUGUCUUAAAUUGCAUCCUUGGAACACAACAUGAAUCAAACAACUGGCAAGCGCUGCUUGGACGUCUUUGUCUUAUAGAUAGACUGCUGUUGGAGUUUCCGGGUGAAUUUUAUCCGCACAUUGUUAGUGGGGAUGUUUUGCAGGCUGACUCUGUUGUAGACAGGUACAAAAAGCUGCUGUCACUGUUGAGCUUUGCUCUGCAGUCAAUUGACAACUCUCAUUCAAUGGUUGGCAAGCUGUCCCGGCGGGUAUUUUUAAGUGCUGCCAGAAUGGUUGCAAGAGUGCCCCAUGUGUUUGUAAAGCUGUUAGAAAUGUUGAGUAUUACAAGUUCAACACAUCAUACAAGGAUGCGUCGACGGCUGAUGGCAAUAGCAGAUGAAAUGGAAAUUGCAGAGGCCAUCCAGUUAGGGAUGGAAGAGAUGCAUUCCAGUGAAUGCAGGCAUGUAUUUGUGCAGCCUCUGGUUCCUGAUAACUCUCCAGAGUCAACAGAGAGCAAUACUCCAAAUAACACAAUCCAGUUAUCAGGGAGAAAUGGAAAAGAUGUGGUUGAUAAAAAACUUGCCAGUCCUGAAGACAUUUCUGACACAGUGGCUGGUAUUUCCCUGGGACUUCCUGUUUCUUCAGGAUCAACGGAGCAACCAAAGCCAGCUGUUCAGACAAAAGGCAGAUCCCAUGGUCAAUGCUUGAACUCUUCCCUCUCACCUUGUCAUUCCCAGUCGGUCUUCCCAAUUUCACCUUCCCCUCCUACUUCUAUACCUGCAGGAGCAGAUAUUGCUAAACACAGACCUCAGGGAUUUGUUCCCUGCAAAAUACCCUCUGCUUCUCCUCAAACGCAGCGGAAGCUUUCCCUCCAAAUUCAAAGAAACUGUGCUGAACAUAAAGAAUCAGAAAAACUUUCCCCAGUUUUUACACAGCCCAGGCACCUGCCGUUCAGUCAUAUACACCGGCCAAAGCCAUCUCGACCCAAUCCUUGUGACAUGAAUAAACAGGGAGAAACCUCUAAAAAUAGCAUGACACUUAAUUUAAAUGAUAUAGCACAUUGUGAUGGUGGUGGUAGUGGUAAUGCAGUAAUACCAAGUGGAGAGACUGUUUUCACACCUGUGGAAGAAAAACAUGAUCAACUGGAUAUUAAUCCUGAGCUUAAUUCCAGUAUGGAGGAUUUACUUGAGGCAUCUAUGCCAACUAGUGAUGGAACAGUCACCUUCAAGUCUGAAGUGGCGGUUCUGUCACCUGAACGUGCAGAAAAUGACAACACAUACAAAGAUGAUGUAAAUCACAAUCAGAAGUGCAAGGAAAAGAUGGAAGCUGAGGAAGAGGAAGCGUUAGCUAUUGCAAUGGCAAUGUCAGCAUCUCAGGAUGCCCUACCAAUUGUUCCUCAACUACAGGUUGAGAAUGGUCAAGAUAUCAUCAUUAUUCAGCAGGAUACACCAGAGACCCUGCCUGGGCAUACCAAAGCAAAGCACCAUUACAGGGAAGAUGUAGAAUGGCUUAAAGGUCAACAGAUUGGCCUUGGUGCAUUUUCUUCAUGCUAUCAAGCUCAGGAUGUUGGAACUGGGACAUUAAUGGCAGUGAAACAGGUGACAUAUGUCAGGAAUACAUCAUCUGAACAGGAAGAAGUGGUAGAAGCAUUGAGGGAAGAGAUAAGGAUGAUGAAUCAUUUGAACCAUCCCAAUAUCAUUCGAAUGCUGGGAGCGACAUGUGAAAAGAGCAACUACAAUCUCUUUAUAGAAUGGAUGGCAGGGGGAUCUGUUGCUCAUUUGUUAAGUAAAUAUGGAGCCUUUAAAGAAUCUGUGGUUGCAAACUACACAGAGCAGUUGCUUCGUGGCCUUGCUUACCUUCAUGAGAAUCAGAUCAUUCACAGAGACGUUAAAGGUGCCAACUUACUCAUUGACAGUACAGGCCAUAGACUAAGAAUUGCUGAUUUUGGAGCUGCAGCUAGGUUGGCAUCGAAAGGAACGGGUGCUGGAGAGUUUCAAGGACAGUUGUUGGGGACCAUUGCAUUUAUGGCACCUGAGGUGUUGAGAGGCCAGCAGUAUGGCAGGAGCUGUGAUGUGUGGAGCGUUGGUUGUGCGAUUAUAGAAAUGGCUUGUGCUAAACCCCCCUGGAACGCUGAGAAACAUUCCAAUCAUCUUGCUUUGAUAUUUAAGAUUGCCAGUGCAACUACAGCUCCUUCGAUUCCGCCACAUCUGACUCCAGGCUUAAGGGAUGUGGCGCUUCGAUGCUUGGAGCUUCAACCUCAGGACAGACCCCCCGCAAGGGAGUUGCUGAAACACCCCGUCUUCCGCACUACGUGGUAAUACUGUAAAAGUGGAGAGACACUGAACACGAUGCUACUGAAUAGAGAACAAUACCGGUCUUCCUGUGCAAGUUUGCACGGCAAUAUGUGUUAACUGCUUUGCUGGCCUUAAUGAUACAUUUGGAGAACUUGAGGUCAGUAGAGGACCUGUACUUAAAAGUAUGUGACUGACAAAUCGAGAUCUUUACCUAAGCUCAGUAUGCAACAUUUCACAAUUUGUGCAGAAAUAUGUAAACUGUGCCUUUCUCAAAGAUCUGGUUCUUUGUGAACAGAAAAGCAAUUCAUCUUUUAAAUCUGCAUGAUUAUUUAGUGGAAGAAGUGAUUUUUUAAUUUUUUUUAAAUUUUGGAGCACUUUUUCAGCAAUAUUAGCAGCUGAGGGGCUCAGGAGCCAUUAAAAACUGCAAUCACUGUUCCAUUUCAUGCCAUACAAACAUCAGCAGUUUGGGCUCUACAACCCAGUUUGUUUUCCUCACUUGUCAUAGAAAAAAAAGAAAUCAAUGUUUGUGCAUUGUAUUUUCACGAAGCUUGUUCUUUAAGUAGAGAAAGAGAUCAUGGGUAUUUUAAGACCACAUUUUGCCUUUCUAAGAGUCAUUGACCAUGGAAGUUGUGGUUCACUGUGCAUAUAAUUGCUAUUCUUGCAGCUUCCCUUUGGAAGUGACAAGUCUGUGUUUUCAUUUAAUCUUUCAUAUUCAGGGAAAAUAUUUUUAAAACACACCCAGAAUAGCUAGAACUAGGUUCAAGCUAAAUGUUGCUGGAUAGCUUGAUAUACUGUAAGAGACUGUGAUACAGAAUGGUUUGAAAUCUGGAAUAAAAUGCUGCCCUCAAGACAGUGUUUUGAAGACGUGUUGGAGGAGAGAAUGCUCAGUUGGUUUGAACAACAAAACCUCUGUAACCAAGGAUCAAAUGAACUGUUGGGGUUUGGAGCCUUUUUAUUGUCAACAUUUUCAUGGUAAAACUGUUUAGAAACAUGAUAAUGUAUCAUACUUGCUGCCACCCAGCUUCCAUUCUAGUCAGCCUUUAAUGGGAGCCAAAGCUUUAAAUCCUGUCUUACCCUCCAUUUAGCACUGUAUUCAUGUUCACUGUUGGUUUUACCUGCUGUUUUCCUUCUGCCAUACAUCAUCUGUUUACAAUUAUAAUCACUAAACAAUUGGAGGAGUAUUUCAAAAGGAAAAGAGAACAAUUUCAUCUCUUUAAAAAUGUUUUGUGGAAAAAUGGACUUGAAAAAACAGCAACCCUUAAACAUAAUGUGAAGAAAUGCUUCACAAAGAAUGCAAGACUACUUUUUAAGCAAAUGUUCAGUUGCUUUAUGAUUUUAAGGGCAGCCUUUUAGAGCCUGAUGAAUGGAAUAGUGAAGGAAAAUGGCAGUUCUUUUGCUUUUGGCUGAGUCUUUUUGAAAUAAAGUAAUAUUGUGUUUAAUCAACUUCUGUUAAAUAACUGUUCAAGUUUUAACUCUUCAGAAGCCAGUUACCGGAAAUUGGUUAUGCUCAAAGACUCAGGACAAAAUAAAUAAGCUAUUAUACUGUACAUUUUUAAGCAAUGUACAACUCACAAAUUGGAAACAAAAUAGGUAAGAGGUUUACAGCAAUGAUUAUGCUAGCAUUAACUAAAAGCAAUGUCAUAAAAUGUGGAUGCGUAUUUCUUUUUGAAAUGUUACAUUCCAUUGCUUUUUGAAGAUUGGCAGACUUUGAAGAGUUAAACAAUCGAAAUGUGAAAUUUGGUAGCUCUGUUUUUGUAUUUUGACUUCAGUUUCUUGACAAUUUAGAAUUUCUCAUUCUAAUCAAAUUGUUUUUAAGUCUCUUGUGUGCAAGCUUUAAAGAAUGCACUCUUGCCGGUUCAUGUACUGGAAGAUUUGUUGUUGAAUUAAUGCCGUUUCUGAAAAGAAAAAAAGUCAAAUGUAUAAACUGAUGAACCUCAGCUAAUCAGUAUUACCUUUUUAGAUGGCCAUGUCUACCACAUAUCAAACUCAGAAUGCCUCUAGAUGCCUAAAAGCAUUGUUUGAGUUUGUUUGCAUUUCCCUCAGCUUGCUGUAAUUGUGGUGUUUUUUAAAAUGCAUAUGUGAUGUAAUCGUAUUUUCUUUGGAUCAAAGCUGGACUGAAAAUUGUAUUGUGUAAUUAUUUUUGUGUUAUUAAUGUUAUUUGGUACCUAAGUUGUAAAUAACGUCUACUGCUGUUUAUUCCAGUUUCUACUACCUCAGGUGUCCUAUAGAUUUUCUUCUACCAAAGUUCACGUUCACAUUGAAAUUAUAUUUGCUAUGUGACUGAUUCCUAAGACUUCCAGGGCUUAAGGGCUAACUUCUAUUAGCACCUUACUGUGCAAGUAAAUUUUAAAGAUCUCUGGGUUAAGAAAAUUUGGCUUCAUUAUAUCCUUGUUGUUUUAAAUAUAUCAAGAUAUUUUAAUUAAAAGUUUUUACCCCUUUGAACCAAUUUUAUAGUAUAAUUUGUACCUAUUUUGGUGGUUUUGUCUUUAUAGUAAAUAAAAGAUUUUGGACAAAAGUUGAA